CAUCAGAUUGAAGUCCUCAAAGAAUGUGCCGAGAAAGUUUUUUCCUUUUCGAAAACAGAAUUCAUGGCCACAAAUCACAUCAAAACAGAAAAUUUAAUAACAAAAAUGGAACUAUAAACAAGGUUGGUCACUUCAAAUACUUAAGCGAAGUUAUUGAACCUAUAGGUACAGAAAGAUUAGCACAAAAAGCACGGGAACUCAAAAUGCGGAAAGCCUAUGGGAAAGUUGCGAUCAUCUACAAUAAAAGAUGUAUAAAUAUCAACACGAAAGUUCGUCACUACACUACUGUUAUCAAAGCUGAAACACUACGCCUGCGACACCCUGAAUCUUAAUUUCAAAGGAGACCUCGCGAAUAUCAAGAAAUCCGGAAGAUCCUUGGACUAAAUCUCACAGACGAAGGAUACCGUCUACAAUCACAAACUGUGACAGAAAAAUACUCCACCAUCGAAAGCCGAUUUCCGCACACGACGACUGAAAUUCUAUGGGCACAUUAUGAGACUAGAUGACAACCGAUUAACAAAGAAAAUUUUUGACAUACUUAUAGAAACUAAAAAUGACAAGUCUGGGUAAAACGGUCCAAAUUGAUCUAAAAAAACGCCAACAUCUCACCGGGAGACAUCGAAGAUGGAAACAUCUUCAGACAUAAGAUACAUAUCCACAUGGAAAUUGUUCCACUAGACAAUCAAAGAUACCAAGAGGAAAAUGGACACAUGAACGUCGUGCGUAAGCACUGCGAAAUGAUAAAAACAUGCUGGAAGAAAAAUAAAAGCAACUAGUCAUGAUUUGCUUUAUGUGAUCCUCUAAGGGUAUAAACAAUAUAAAUAAAUAAUUUGCCGCCAUUUUGAAAAACUGCUUUGUGAUGUAAUUUUAAUGUCUCGAUUGUUGUUUUAUAUCUCCAUCGGCAGUUCGCCCAUCACUAUUUGCUCAAAGGAGGGUCAAGAUGAAUGCUUCCCCCUUAUGAAAAUUGGAGACUUGAAGAAGAAUUCUGAGAUUAAUGUUAAGUGCCGACUCUGAUAUACUAUGGUGCUAUGUUUCUAGCGGCACGACCGAGAAAGACACGAAAUACCGUGAGAUAUUCUAUCGUGAAGACAGGCCCUGACGCGCCACGUUGAGAAAACCGAAAUACAAUAAAGGAAACAAACCGCGGCAAUAGCAUAAUUCAGCCCAAAACUUACUAAUUCUCUGGGAAACGCUUACACGUACACCAGGACUUUGCCCCACAUUUUUCCAUCAAACGGCCAGUUUUACCCUAAAAACUUGCCGCCAAACGAUGUGACAUCAGUUUGGACAUCUUGUAAUCCUUAUUUACAUCAGAGAGUAUAUUAUUAAUACACGAUUUACAUCAUGCAGCAAUAUUACCAGGGUGUAUGGAUGAGAAUAUUUCUUCAACUGGAAUCAUUGGUGGUCAUUAAAUACUAAAAAAGCUUAUAUACGAAUGAAAAUAAUGUACAUCGUCCUUGGAACAUUAAAACCUAUGGUAUAAAUAAUAUAAGAAAUUAAACAUUGCACCUAUAUUCAGGUUUUGAGCGUGUCGUCGCUCUAAGCAUAAAAAAGAAACAAUAUUAUUGUUCCAAAAUGUGAAUAAAUCGUGUAACCCAAGUAUCACAAAUAAUAUUUGUAUUUCCAAUAGAAAUGAAUUAAAUAAUCAUAACGUAUUUGCAGUAUAACUUCAUUUAACAAUAUUAAAUUAAUAAAUCAUCGAAUGUACGUAGUAUUAUUACUGUGCUAGGUUAUUCGCUUCUCUCUGAUCCACGCCUGUUUGUAUUUCUUAAAAUAAUUCUUCACGGGAAUUUAAACAAUGGUGGUAUAAUGUUACGGUCAUGUUUACAAAAGCAUCGAAAUGUGUUACAGUUUCAAAAUAGUUUAUCUAAUUCUCACUUGCGAUCGUUUGGUUUCAAAGGUUUACUUUCACUUCUAAAACCAACUACACCAUCUGUUGCCAUGAGUAAAGACCACAGAUUGAUUUGGAUUGAUAUGGAGAUGACAGGACUUGAUCCUGUGUCAGACCAUAUUUUAGAAGUGGCUUGUAUCAUUACUGAGGGAAACUUACAAAUAGUGGCCGAACAUACUCCUCUGGUAAUUCAUCAGUCUGAUGAGAUACUUGCAUCAAUGAAUGAAUGGUGUGUAAAGCAUCAUGGGCAGUCUGGCUUAACGGAAGCUUGUCGCAAGAGUCAUACUUCGUUGCAACAAGCAGAAGAUCAGUUGCUGACAUUUCUUAGGGUACACACUCCAUCAGGAAAGUGUCCUUUAGCUGGGAAUUCUGUAUAUAUGGAUCGACUAUUUUUGUCACGGUAUAUGCCACGUCUGGACCGGCAUAUUCAUUACCGCAUUGUGGAUGUAUCCACAAUCAAGGAACUUUGCAGACGCUGGGCUCCUCACGCAUUCCGCAACGCUCCAAAGAAAAAGUUGCAGCAUAGAGCGUUAUUUGACAUCAAAGAGAGCAUUGAAGAGUUGAAAUAUUACCGCAAGUUCAUGUUUUCAGAUUGACUCGUUCUUAAAUAGAUGAUGGUGCAACCUUUUCCUUAGAAUAUUACUUUGAUUUACCAAAGAAUCUCUUUGUAUUCUACCUAAAAUGUGAAAGAAAAGAUCGGGAAAGCAAAAGAAGUGAAUAUUUUACAGAAAUAAAGUUUCAUCCUGUAAUAAA